CGCGGCAACAAGGCAGGUUGAGCGAGAUAAUAGCUCAGUCAUUGAGAUGGUAUGAGCAAUGGUCUAUCAUCAGUGGCUGCUAAAAGAAUAGUUGAGGGCGGUAGUUUUGACUGCCGCCUGCACGAUCAAUCAGCUGCCCAGCACUUCACGACUCAACACCAUACGGUCUACUUUCAAAGCUCAAAAUGUCUUGAUAACACAUGUGUUCGGUGUGUGCGGGUAUGGAAGAUGUUCAUCGCUAAUUGGUAUUUCUGCAUUUUCUUGAGAUAUGCAAACAUAACGUGCUAGGGAAUAUAGGUGUCGGACAAUUGUCCUCAUUGAACGAUUUCGAUCUGUGUAUGGUUUGGCUGUGUUUAGUCAGCUGACUGCCAUCAAAUGUUCAGUAACGAAUGAUCUCACAGCCUGUCAAGACUGCUGAGGACAUGAAGAGUAAUGAAGGCACCACCGGUACCGACGUUACUCUUGACCAUGCAAUGAAAACAAUGCCACACCACACCUCUUUAUUGAAUGCUCAGUCAGCCAUCCGCCUGAUUGGGCGAUAAAUAUAGAGUGCUUCUACACAGAUUACGCCGCGUCGAAAAUGAUCUGCUAUCGACAAUCGAACUUUCACCGAUUGAAGAUUAUUCCAUUGAAUUUCGUCAAAAAAGAUUGUUAAUUGUAAAUAGCUUUGUUGUUUGACUCUUCAGCGAAGUGGGCUCUUCCGUCACUUGUUCAUCGUCACGAUAAACUGUGCAGCGACAGUGCACAUCUCAACAUGGAACUCAACCGUUCCAGACUAAG